GCCUGUCCCGGCUCAAGACCGCUAACCCGCGGGUUGUGCCCGGGCGCUGUGCAGCGCUACCGGGAUUUCUCGUGUGGCGGGAUCGCGGUGCGUCUGACCACCGGCACCUGUGGCUGUCUCCCCUGGCUUGUGUAGAACACAGAGCCUCCGACGAGCAGUUCGCCUUGAAUCGAGACAGGCAGCAUUCAGCGGUCAGCUCUAUUUCACCUCACGCUUCGCGGUUGACUCACCUGCCUGUGUCCGGAGACUGUCUUAGGGAGGAGGCCUGGAAGAGCAGACCUGGGGAGGAGAGGAAUGCAGCAGUUCUUCUGAAAGCGGGGAUCUUCCAGAAUAGCGAAUGUUUCGACUCCUCCAAUGACACGGUACAGCCCUGUGUUUGCCAUGCAGCACAUUGUGGGCGUGCCCCAUGUACUGGUACGGAAAAGCUUCUUGGGAAUGGACCUCCCUGUGACAAGGACUCUGUGCAGUCCCAGUCCCAACCAGCCCAGAGAAAAGAGACCAGAGGCUGCAGCCUUAGGGUUGUAUCACCGCCUCCCCGUGCUGGGAAGAACACUGGGCCACACCAUUCAGCAGCAAGCGGCCUCCACAGCCAAGGCUUGGUGGGACAGAUACGAAGAGUUCGUGGGACUCAAUGAAGUUCGAGAGGCCCAGGGGAAUGUCACCGAGGCAGAGAAAGUGUUCAUGGUGGCUCGUGGCCUUGUCCGAGAGGCUCGGGAGAAUUUAGAGACACAGCAGGCUAAGCUGAAGGAGGUGAGGGACCGUUUGGAUCGAGUCUCCAGGGAGGACAACCAGUACCUGGAACUGGCCACUGUGGAGCACCGGCUGCUGCAGGAAGAGAAGAGGCUCCGAGCAGCAUACGUGCGUGCAGAAGACUCAGAGCGGGAGAAGUUCUCUCUCUUCUCCGCAGCUGUGCGGGAGAGUCAUGAGAAGGAGCGCACGAGGGCUGAGAGAACUAAGAACUGGUCCCUCAUUGGGUCAGUCCUCGGAGCUCUGAUCGGUGUGGCUGGCUCCACCUAUGUUAACCGUGUCCGGCUACAAGAACUGAAGGCCUUACUCCUGGAGGCACAGAAAGGGCCUGUCAGUCUCCAGGAAGCCAUCCGUGAACAGGCUUCUAGCUACUCCCUCCAGCAGAGAGACCUCAAGGACCUUAUGGUGGAUCUGAGGGGCCUGGUACACGCUGGGCAGGGCCAGGGCUCCGGGUCACCAACAGGGUCCUCUUCUACCCAAGGGAAAGACAUAGAAACCCUUUCAGCUGCCCUGAGAGAGCAGCUCAGUCAUUCCCGGCAGGUCCACUCCUGCCUAGAGGGUUUACGAGAGCAGCUCGAUGGCCUGGGAAAGACCUGCAGCCAGAUGGCUGGGCUGGUUCAGCUUGCAAAGGCUGCGGCACAUCCAGGCCCGGAACCAGCAGAUGGGAGCCUGCCCAGCUCUUUGCUGGAACAAGGGAGUGUGAUCUUGGCCCUGUCCGAUACAGAGCAGAGGCUAGAAGCACAAGUCAACAGAAAUACUAUCUGCAGCACGCUGGUCACCUGUGUGACCUUUAUGGCCACGUUGCCUGUACUCUACAUGCUGUUCAAGACCAGUUAGCCCUGGGGUCCUCCUUCAAAGGGGCCUAAGGGUGAAUGUGGCUUUUGUUGGUGUUAUAAUCAAUCUUGAGAUGCAUACAGCCUCAGACUGAGUGUCGUCUAAGGAGCUGACCAGCAGGUGUUUUUUAUUUUGUAGGUAAUACUUAUUUACAUAAUUAUCAAAACUUUCUGUAAAUGUUCAAUUAAAAUAUCUAAGAAUUUGUAUUAUUUAAAAGAUUUUCACAUCA